AUGGGUCAAAGUAAGAAUCAUUCUCGAGCACAUCCACCGCAUAGCACAGCGGGAAGUCGACGAAAAACACAUGGCAAUUCUGAAAAUUCCAGUGACUCGCAACCGAAAAAGAGUGGUCGAAAAGGAACAAAGAGGAAAAUCCGGAAAAAAAAACAAACGUUACGAGAAGAAAUAGAAACUGCGAAAGAGAAGUCGACAAUAUCACGGCAUAUUCCACAUGGUAAACCACAAUCGAAACAAGAUGAAAAGGAUCAGAAAAAUGGCGACAGAAAAAAAACGCAACAUAGAAAGUUGACUAAAAAGGAUAGGCCAAAAUUAACGGAAGGCACUGAAAUUCGAUGUAAUGAGGGCAUAUAUAUAAUUCAACAGUUGUUAGGAUCUGGUGGGUUUGGUGAUGUCUAUAAAGCGAAAAAAAUAGGAACUACAGAGUUUUAUGCGAUCAAGACUGAGCUGAAUGAAUUCAAUGGUAAAAAGAUCGAUCGAUUGAAGGUUGUUCGACGAGAAUUCUUUUGA